AUGUUUGGACUCCGCCGUGUAUUGCUUCGGUUGUUGUUAUGUUAUCUGAUAGUGCUAACAGAUGCUUAUCGGUUGAAUGUGCCGCGGAUACUGUUGCCUUAUCAUCCCACUGCUCAAGUGACCUUUGAUUUAAUCGUUAGUGAUCCAGCGAAUGGAUGCUUCACAUGGAGAUCAACUCGACCAGAUACUGUCUCGGUGAAAGCAGUAAAUCCGAUAGGAACGAAAGGGUGUUCAGCAAAGGCUCAGAUCAUUGCAACUUCGAAGUAUGCUGAGGAGCAGAUGGCUGUUGUUUUUGCUGAAGAUAAAGAAGCUGGUGUGGUUUUGAGCUGUGGCGUGACAGUUGACGUUAUACGAAGCAUAACAGUUUCAACCACUACAAAAGUUUUGUUUCUGGAUGCAUCACCAGCUAAAGUUGUUGUACAAGCAUACAAUGCUGAAGGUGAUAUGUUCACUAAUAUCGGAGAAAUUCCAUUCGAAUGGCAUUUGGAAUCAUCGUCUUUAUCGGAAAAACCUCUUCGAAUUUUACCGUUUUCGCAAUCAAAAUACGAAGCGCCUGAUGGCGUUCGUUUGUUGGAAGAAAAUAAAAAGCGCGGUCAUGUGAUAUUAAUUGAGGGUAUAUCUACAGGUGCUGCUGCUCUGAAAGUGAAGCUAGUUGAACCGCACUUUAAGGAUGUGAAACCCCAAAACGUGGACUUCAUAGUAAUAGCAAAUCUUUUACUAAUACCUUCUCAAGAUAUAUUUCUUUCGCUUGGAUCACGUGUGCACUAUACCGCAGAAAUAGUUAAACAGAGCGUAACAGAAGCAAUACACUUACCUUCAAAACAAUAUCACCUACUGAUUAAGGAUGUAGGAAUUUGUUCGUUGAAUUCAUCAUCGUCUAUAGUUACAGCUAUAAAUUACGGAACAACCGAAAUAUCGCUGAUUGAUGAAAACGUAAAGUCAUUAAGUGCACUGAAACCUCCAUCUGCUCGGAUUCAUGUUGUUGAGCCAUCAAGUUUAUAUAUCAAAAUUAGUGGCGAUUUGUGGUAUCUCGAGAUAGGGCACGAAUAUGAUAUUUCUUUUGUUGUGACUGAUGCUGAUAAUAAUGUCAUAUAUAUCCCGGAGAAUGCAAUUUUCGAAAGUGUUAUAUCUGAAAAAUACUUCAAAGUGAUAAGUAAAUCACGGAAUGGAUCACACUUUAAUGUGAAAACUAUAAAGAGUGGGAUUGUGAAGUUACGAGCAGCAUUCGUAUCGGUCAUGAGUUCGGAGGGAGAACUAAGGAUAUCAUCGUCGGUAAAGGAUGAAGUAACAGCGGUGAUAUCAGAGCCUAUUGAAGUGAUACCGCCAUUCGUCGCCUUUCCAUACAUCGAUGCCAAAAGAAUUCACUUUAAAAAACUUUUGGCACGAGGUGGUACAGGAUCAUUUACAUGGUCAAGUAUAGAUCCGGAAAUUGCUUCAGUAGAUUCUAGUGGAAUUCUGCUGACUGGAAAUCUCGGUAAGACAGAGGUGAUUGCACAGGAUGCUCAGAACAGUGCUCAUUUUGGAAAAGCAAUUGUUCAUGUUUUACAAUCAACCGAGAUUGCUUUCGGUAAAUCGCAUUUGGAAGCUGAGGUUGGUAACGACUUAAUCCUUUAUAUUUCUCUUUACGCCGAUUCAGAAGGUAGGAAAGUAACAAUAUCCGAUUGUCGUCGUGUUGAUAUAUCGCUGAAAAUAAAGGACAGUGAUGUUUUUAGGAUUGCGUCAAGUAGUUGUGGAAAAAUUCCUUCAUAUGACGAUGGUUGCUGCGGCUUUGUACUUAAUGCUAUCGCUUCUGGUGAUACUAUUGCAACUGUUCAGUUUGGUAAUAUGUCUGCAUCGACUCAAAUUUCUGCUUAUUUGCCACUGAAGCUGGAAACACCUGCAGAAUUAUUCGUUAUGCUCGGCAGCAGCUUUGUUAUCCGUACAUCUGGUGGCCCGAGACCGUGGAUUCUGGAUCCGUCGAAAUAUUAUUCAAAAUUGAUCUACACUGAUACAUCAAAUUUGAUCAGUAGUGGUGACUUUUCUUCUCAGGAUGGACAAACUAUUGCCAUGUGUAAAGAUAAUAAAGGAGACUUGUUGAUCGUGGUUGUUGUUGGUAAUGAAGCUUCUUCCACAAAUCGAUUACCUGCUAAGGCUGAAACAAAAUUAAGAGUGUGUUGUGGUGUGCCUACGCGGUUGUCGUUAUCUCUACUAAGGCCCAAUCAAAGCAAAUGUCCGACGGACGUGCGUGCUGCUAGCUGCAGUCAACCAUCUUCGUUAGCAGUAUCAGCUUUCGGGCAUUGCGAAUCGGGACCAUCGAUGGGACUAGAGAGGCAACUUGAUUCGUUGACUUCUCUAAAAAUGAAUUGGAAAGUAAGUGAUAAAAAUAUAGCGCACGUGGAAGAAGAUGAGGAAAUCGAAUUAAGCGAAGUACGCGGCAAACUGAAACCACGGGGAAUUGUUGGUACAGUAGAAAUUACCGCAUCGACGCGGGGAUAUAAGAUUGGAGAUCGACAACUUUAUUUACCACAAGAGUUGCAAAGCAAGAUCCAGGCAGAUUUGGUCCGAAAUGCGGAAGCGGUGCCGUCUGUAGUUGUGCUGCUAAACGAGAAGAGUGCUUCAAAAGUCAUUCGAUUAGAACAUGGUUCAGGACAUUUUGCUUUGGUAGCGUAUGAUUCGGAUGUAUUGGAUGCCGAAAUGUUCAGUGGAAUGACGCAGGUGCAUCCGUUAUCUGUUGGUAAAUCGAAACUCGAGUUUUUGGACUUAUGUAUCAAUCAAAGCUUCACAGCUACAAUUACGGUGACGGAUGUGGAAGAGAUUUUAAUCGAAGCACCCAGAUUUAUAGCGUUGAAUACCGAACAAGAAUUACAGCUUAAAGUUCGUGAUCCGGAAGGUCUUUUCUUCGUAACGGAUGAUGCCGAUAUCAUGAAUGUACAGUUGAACGGGUCAUCUAAUGUUUUAGCAAUAAGCAGGAUUGAUGCCCUACAUUAUAUUUUGCGAGGUAAUGUGGUUGGCGUAGUAACACUUCGCGCUUCUGCUCGACGCGCUAACGGGCGAGUAUUGCAAAGCCAGUCUCACAGCAUUCAAGUUUAUGCACCGCUGCAAUUGCAACCGAAACUGAUAACUCUUAUUCCUGAUUCUGUUUUUCAGUUAGAAAUAUCUGGUGGACCUCAGCCACUGCCAGCUGUACAGUAUCGUCUUAACGAUACUUCAGUAGCUGUUGUGGGAUCAGAUGGACUAGUAACAAGCAGAGCAGUUGGAUAUUCGAAAAUUGUAGGCUCUGUUAAUCUGGACAACAGUGCGCCAGCUAUUGAAGAUCAUGUCGUUAUUAAAACAGUAUUACUUACCGGAGUUCAUAUUCACCUUUCUACAUCACGGAUACAAGUCGGUCAAAAAGGAUGGGCACGCGUUGAUGGUCUUAAUGAAAAUGAAACGCCGUUUUCAUUCGGUGGAGCCUUAUAUCCAUUAAAGAUAUCUUGGAGGAUCACCACACCAGGCAUUAUCGAAGCCGUAUCUCCAGUUGAUACUUUCGUGGCUGAAUCACCAGAAAAUCGAUUUCAAAUAGAACUAGAAGCACUAACAGUUGGACAAGCGGUAAUUCACGUAUCGGUGACCGCUCCUGAAAAUUCGAAGGCAUUUUUCAAGAAAACCAGACAUUAUGAAGAUCAGUUGAUAGUAACAGUCACUGAACCGUUACAGUUAACGAUUCCACCACGAUAUCCGCACGCUUUACGUCUCUCACCGGAUGCAGAACUUAAUUUGAAAAGUAGCAGGAAAGAUAGCUCAGUGCAAUUUAUGGUGCCACCUGAACUUUCUAUUUAUGUAUCACUUAUCGGUGAUGGCAACAGUACUUUACUAGCUCAUACUGUUGGUGAUGCUGCUUUGGCAUUGAAGGAAACAAAAUAUCCUCAUAAGGAACUUAUAUAUUUACCAAUUUCUGUUACUCCAGUAGUAUCCCUUCAUCUGAAUGUGAAAUGUUCUGAAGUGCUGGAAAAGCCGUUAACAGUAUUUCCUCUCGGUUACCGCCUCCAUGUUGAUGUUGAAUCAAGAGAUCACUUCGGCCGUCUGUUCGAUGCUGCAAAGCAUUCGCUAAAUUACAGGCCUCAUCGCUUUGAUUUGACGGAAAUCUACCCUGGCAAUGCCAACAGUUCAUUCGACAUUCAUUUAAAGGAUUCUGGAGAAACGGUAUUUAAGGUAUGGGACGGGAAAAAUCCGGAACUAAGUGUAUUCCUUCGGCUUCCGGUUGGUGAUAUACUCAGGCCAUCAGUACAUUCUGUGGCUGUUUCCGAAAUUGUCUGUUUCAAUUCACCGUUACCAGUAUUGGGAUGGAAAGAAUUAGAUGGAAAACGACAUUUUCAAUUCAUCGAUGAAAAAAAUGGCAUUGCUAUAGCAGCGGAUAUGGGUAAUACCGUAGUUGCUUCGUAUGACUCCCAGAAACAAACCAUCUUUACUAAGCGCAAAGUUGUUUCUGCAAAAUCGCUCCGUUUUUCAUCGGUACCGCAGUUCGUCUCGAAUAUAAGAAAUCAUCAAUAUCUGUUUCCAGUAAUCGUUGAUAAUAGUGAACAAAAUCCAUCUAAUAUUUAUGAUUGCGCGUCUACGCUAUUAGAGGAACUGAUUUUGGAUGCGCCUUUUGAUUGCAUUGUCGAUUUUGUAGAAAAAGUGAAUGUGUUGGCAACCAGCUUAUUUGCUGCUCGUUCAGCUUUUCUUCCUAGAUUGGGUAAAUAUGGUUGUAUUUUGGUGGAACAGACAUUCGGGGGACCAAUUUCUUUGAUCGAAUAUCAAAAUCUUAAUUUAAAUAUCUCCGCUAUCUGGAAUCGUGUUGGCAAGGUAUGCACGACUUAA